AUGUUUUCGAUGCCAACUUCUUUGAGUCAUCACCAUUCAUAUAACGUACACAUACUAUUGCUGUUAGCAGCGGUACUUCUGCCCACGUUUUACAAUCAGGGCCAUUUCAGCGGAUUUGGUGCGCCGCGGCGGCUUGUGGCCCGCAAGAUUCAGAAGUGCGGCUUCGGCGCCAAGUUCGUGGAAUUCAAGAUCAUCAACUGCCUGGCGGUGGCCCGUUUACCCUUCGGCGUCCGCAUCGACCUCCUCAAGGACGUCUAUCCGCACGAAGUCCAGUAUGAGCCGGAACUGCAUCCGGCGGCCUCGUGGAAGCUGCCGGAAGUGGGCGGCCCGGUCCAGGUCUUUCAGACGGGCAACACCACCAUCACCGCGCCGAACGCUUUGAGUGCGCGCAAGACCUUAGCCAGCAUCUACGCCAAGCUGUACGAGUUCCGCAAGCCCAAGGACAGCGCGGAGCGGAGCGUUGACCAUUAG